UAUGCCACGUCAACACUACUAGGUAGGAACCCGCUCUCAGUUCCGCGGCAAAAAGGAAUAGAUUCUUCGCACUUCAACGAAUUGUAGGCAACCCGUUCGAUGAAAUGCGGCAGUGACAAUGACCAUCGUUUUCCUCUGUCCACUCGUCUUUUUCCUCCCUCAUGCUCGCUUUAGUGGUUCGGAGCUUCUGGGUGAGGUUGAUGCCGGCGUUUUGUUUCGAGCUCCGCUAAAAUGGCGAUUCUCAGCUGGCUACCAAGAGUGUGCAGGCGCAACUCCUUCCGACGCUUUCUGCCUCAAAGCAUCAACUCCAGCCGAGCCAGUCCGUUGCUGGACUGUACAGUAGGAUCCACGGAAAGAUUACGAGGUUUCACGGGUUGCUCGUCUCUUUCAGCUGCACCUGGUAGUGUUCCUAAGGGCUUGACUAUCAUGACAUUGGCUACUGAUUUGGCCAACCUUGUUGAGGAAACUCCCAAUCCUGAUGACGAAAAGGCACCAGAAAGUCGGGUAAAGUUGAAGAGAUACCUUGAACUCCGAGUGAAGAAGAGAGUGAAAGAGCAUUACGUUGAUGGGAAGUUUGAAAAUUUGAUGAUGAAUGUCAUUGCAAACCCAGAAACUCUUGAGGAUGCUUACAAUUGCAUCAGGCUCAACUCCAAUGUCGAUAUCUCAUCAGACGAUCAUACCAUCUCGUUUCAAUCCUUGGCCGAUGAGCUCUCAAGUGGGACUUUUAGUAUUAAGGAGAAUACGUUUUCCAUCUCAACAAGGGGGAAGGUGAAAGAAUUACUUGUCUUACCUAACCUGAAGUUAUCAGUGGUUCAGGAGGCUAUCAGGUUGGUGUUGGAAGUUAUCUACAGGCCUCAUUUCUCUAAGAUAUCACAUGGUUGUAGAAGUGGGAGAAGCCAUUCUACUGCUUUAAAGUACAUCAGGAAAGAGUUCAGGAAUCCAGAUUGGUUGUUUUCAGUGAUCUUAAAUAAGAAGUUAGAUGCUUGUGUUUUUGCUAACCUUAGAUCAGCCAUGGAGGAAAAAAUUAAAGAUACCUGCUUGCUCGAUGUGAUUCAGAGAAUGUUUGAGGCUGAGGUGCUAAAUCUAGAGUUUGGUGGUUUCCCUAAAGGGCAUGGUCUCCCGCAAGAAGGUGUGUUGUCUCCUAUAUUGAUGAACAUAUAUCUUGAUCUCUUUGAUCGAGAAUUUUACAGGCUGUCGUUGAAAUAUGAAGCUCUCUGUCCAGGCGGUCCAUUAGGUGAAGAAGUAUCACAUUCUAAUCUGCGGACUUGGUUUAAGAGGCAGAUGAAGUGUAGUGAUAAUAUGAAUGAGAAGGAGCCUGGUCCAAGAAUUUUUUGUUGUCGAUUCAUGGAUGAAUUACUUUUUGCAGUUUCAGGACCCAAAGAUGUUGCUCUUGGUUUCAAAUCUGAGGUUAUAGAUUUCUUGAAUAACUGUUUGCACUUAGAUGCUAGUAGUGAUGCAGAAAUAUCAUCUAGUACCGGACGUCAAGGCAUUCGGUUUCUAGGUACAUUGGUUAGGAGAGAGAUUAAGGAGACCUCUGCUGUAAAGGCUGUUCACAAGUUAAAGGAGAAAGUGAAGUUAUUUACAUCGCAGAAACAGGAGGCAUGGGAUAGAGGCGUAGUUAGAAUAGGAAGAAAAUGGUUAGGUCAUGGUUUGAGAAAGGUCAAAGAGUCAGAGAUUAAGCAUUUAUCUGACCCGGAGUCUCUCUUAAACCAAAUUUCUUCCUUUCGAAAACCCGGGAUGGAAACUGAUCAUUGGUACAAGCUUCUGGUCAAGAUAUGGGUACAAAACCUUAAUACUAAAGUUGUAAGAAGCGAGCAGCUCAUCUUUUCUGGCAUUGUGGAACCUGCCCUCCCAAAUGAGCUCAGAGAUUCCUACUUGGAAUUCAAGAAGUGUGCAGAAAGAUAUGUUCAUUCCGAGACAUCUACAACACUUGCCCUUCUGCCAAGUUCUAAUCACUCCCCUGCUGAAACGGUUACAAAGAUCAUUGCACCUGUUUAUGCCAUUCAAAAACGUUUGUUCCGAUAUGGAUUAGCCACUUAUAGAGGACACCCUUGUGCAGCACGCUUACUGAUGUUACAGGAUGACAUCCAAAUCAUUGAUUGGUUCCAUGGCAUAGUCAGCCGUUGGCUUAGGUGGUACAGCUACUGUGAUAACUUAUCUGAAGUUGAAGCCAUGGUUCGAUAUCAGCUGAGGAAAUCUUGCAUCCGUACUCUAGCUGCAAAGUAUCGAAUCCAUGAGGAUGACAUUGAGAAACGAUUUGACGUUGAACUGAGUAAGAUCUCGUCAUCUGUGGAUGACCUAGAUGAAGAUAUAGGGUUUGAUUCAUCGGAAGUGAAAAAAUUGUGUGAUGAUGAUGCUGGAGCCAUGACAUAUGGAGUUUCAUAUAGUGGCUCAUGUUUGUUAUCAUUAGCAAGAAUGGUGAGCGAGCAAAGGCCAUGUGACUGCUUUGUUAUAGGGUGCUCAGCUGCAGCACCAUCUGUUUAUACUCUACAUGUGAUGGAGAGGCAGAAGUUUCCUGGAUGGAAGACGGGGUUUUCAACUUGUAUUCAUCCCAGUUUAAACAAAAGGCGAAUUGGGCUGUGUAAGCAACACUUGCAGGAUUUGUAUCUUGGUCGAAUAUCACUUCAGUCAGUUGAUUUUGGUUCAUGGAACUAAACGUUUUCUCCACUUGAUUGGAUUAAAGCCACCUAAGAUCAAGCUGGCAUGGCUGUGAGAAACAAAGGAGUAUGAUGGGUUGAUGGCUGCAAGAAUCACCUGCCACUGCAUAUCCUAAUGAUUCACAAGGAAUCUCAUAAUCCCUGGUAGAAGAGAGCAGCUACUCACAGGCCAAGUAGCCCGUUUAGAUUCUUCUGAUACCUGAUGUCUGUCGCUGACAUUCCAAUCCCGAGAUGGGUGGACUGUUAAUCAUCGUCCUUUCAUUACGACGAGAGAUUAAAAGGUUGAUCCCAAAGCUCGUCGACAGACUUGUAAGGCCCAGUCUCGGAGACGAACAUCUCGCCAGAGAAGCCACGCUGCUGUGGGAUGCGCUGCUCGAUUCUGGAGACCUCGUCUUGGGUUAGUUCCCAGUCGAAAAUGUCCAGGUUUUGCCUCAUCCUAUCCUUGUUGAAGCUCUUCACUAUCGGGAUCGCGCCUUGCUCGUAUAUCCACCUCAGCGCUACCUGAGCGACGGACUUGCCUUUGGCGUCGGCGAUUUCCUUGAGGACGGGGCUGUGCAUGACUGAGAAAGAUCCCCAAGAGGCGCCGUUUCCUCCCAAUGGCGACCACGCGCACACCUGAAUUCCUUUCUCUCUGCAUAGCUUCACCAAUUCCUUCUGCUGCCAUCCUGUGUUCAUUUCCACCUGCCAGAGUUGAGACUAAUAAGUCUUUGUUUGUGCUAAUUAGGGGUGUCGGUUCGGGUCGGGUUCGGUUACCCAAACCGAAACCCGAAAAAACUCGAAAACCCGAAAACCGAAAAUCACCAAAACCGAACCCGAUCCCGAUAAGGACUUGCGGGUUUCGGGUAAAAUUCCUUAUCGGGUUCGGGUUCGGUUAAAGCAAAACCGAAACCCGAAAACCCCAACACUUAAAAUACGGGCUGAGUUCUAUUCAUUGGAGAUUUUUAUCCGGAAUCCGAAAAACCGAUAAGCAAAACCGAACCCGAAACUGGAAAACCCUAAACCCGAAAUGGACCCGAACCCGAAAACCGAAAAUGUAUAUAAUUGGGUCGGUUUUUGGUAAACCCGAAAAAC